CUUUCAACCUUCCUGCUACAGUUAGGGAGUAUCCAGGGUGGCUAGGGGCAUGGCCUCUGGGCCCACAUCCCGGCUGCUGUGCCUUUUCUAGCUGUGUCACCUUGGCAAGUGACUUGUCUGGGCAUUGGUGUCCUCAUAAAGUCUGUCCUCACGGGGUUCCCUUAGAUGGGUGUCGUGCUAGUAUAACAUGUUUAGGACAGUGCCACGCACACAGCCACCCUCUGUAAAUAUGGGCUGUUGUUCCCGAACCUCAGAGGGGCACAUGACCUUGAGGAGUCCGGAAUGCCUCAGGAUUCUGCUGUGCCAGCCUGUGGGAUCGUGAGCCUCCCAGCGGCCUUCUGAUGUGUUUGUGCCGCGCCCCGGACCCGCCUUCCCAGGACUGGACGGCGUGGGCCGCCCGUCCACCCAGCUCAGCCCCACGCAGGCAAAUGAGGUGAUGUCAAAGCCCUGGCCGGGGCCCAGCUCCUGGAACCACCCCUCUCCCUCCUGGCUUCUCCCUCCCUCGGAGCCACACACACACACACACACUCCAGCUGGGCCCAGAGGGAAGGUGACGGCGUAAAGGUGGUGGUGGUGCCGGGCCCACUGAAGCGUAGCUGUCGCCUGGAGAACGUGUGGCCCAGGAGCCGCGGCGGGACCCGAGGGACCUGCCCCCUCUGCAGCUCUAAGUCCGGGUUUGCAGUCACCCCCGAGGCUCAUCCUCCGGGUGCGAGGAGAGUGGUGUCCACACAGGAUCGAUCGCAGGCGCCCCUCGGCGGGCAGUGGACGGCCCGCGGCCCGGCGGGGGGGCCAUGGCAGACGAGAAGACCUUCCGCAUCGGCUUCAUCGUGCUGGGCCUCUUCCUGCUGGCCCUGGGCACCUUCCUCAUGAGCCACGACCGGCCCCAGGUCUACGGCACCUUCUACGCCAUGGGCAGCGUCAUGGUGAUUGGGGGCGUCAUCUGGAGCAUGUGCCAGUGCUACCCCAAGAUCUCCUUUGUCCCUGCCGACUCUGAAUUCCAAGGAGUCCUGUCCCCUAAGCCGCCGGGCUUGCUGGAGAACGGACUCACUGCUGAGAAGAGCACCCAGCCCCCCUACGUCCGGCUGUGGGAGGACGCCGCCUAUGACCAGAGCCUGCCCGACUUCAGCCACAUCCGGAUGAAGGUCCUGGGCUACAGCGAGGACCCCCGCCCCCUGCUGGCCCCUGAGCGGGGGCGGCCGCAGCUGCGAGCUGGGGACAGCGGGGAAGAUGGCCCUCGUGAUGCCCAGGCCCGGAUGGAGGCUGCCGUGGUGGUCCACAGGGGCUCGGAUGAGGACGAGGGAGCAAGAAACCCAACGCAGAGCGGUCCCAGCUCCCCAGCCCCACCCCGGGGUCCUGCACCUCUGGCUUCCUUCCAGGAGGAAAUGGGCAUGGGCUCCAGUGAGGGCAGCAGCCCCAACCCGUCUCCGCCGGAGGGGGAGGAGCCUGGCCCCCCGCCGGGGGAGCCCUGGGCCUGCAGGUGCCAGCUGGACCGCUUCCACGACUUCGCUCUGAUCGAUGCCCCCGCGUCGGAGGACGCACCGCCAGCGGGACAGUGGUGGGACGCGGCCCUCCCCAGCUGCGGGCCGCGGUCCCCGCGGACGGGAGAGGAGGACGAGGCUUCCGACACAGGCGCAGAGGAGCCGGAGCAGGAGGAGGAGGACUUGUACUACGGGCUGCCCGACAGCCCCGGGGACCCCCUCCCGGACAAGGAACUGGGCUUUGAGCCCGAAGCCCAGGGCUUCGAUGGAACUGCCCCCGGGUGCGAGCCUGGCACAGCCACCAGCCCUGUGUGAUUUCCCAGAGCCUCGGGGUCCCUGUCUGCGGCACGGGG